AUUUGGACAGCUUCAUGUUAUUUCUCUCUCUUGCAGUCUGACUCUGCGAGGAGGAGGAGCUCCUUUGUGUUAAAACCGAAAGUAAACUGGAGAUUAAACGCGUAUUCUGAAGAGUUAAACUCCUUCUGUUCAGAUCUCAGAGUUGACGACCUCAGAUCAGUUCUUCAUCAUGGAGAUCAGUGAGAGAUCUUCAUCUCCAGAUCACAGCUGUGUGUCUCUGAAGAGUGACUGGUCCAUGGAUAAGCCUCCUAGAUUCAGUGCUGAACCAGUGACCUCUGACCCCAGAGUCAUCAAGAGGAAGAGGAAGAGAUCUUCAUCUCCAGAUCACAGCUGUGUGUCUCUGAAGAGUGACUGGUCCAUGGAUAAGCCUCCUAGAUUCAGUGCUGAACCAGUGACCUCUGACCCCAGAGUCAUCAAGAAGAAGAGUCAGAGAUCUUCAUCUCCAGAUCCCAGCUGUGUGUCUCUGAAGAGUGACUGGUCCAUGGAUAAGCCUCCUAGAUUCUGUGCUGAACCAGUGACCUCUGACCCCAGAGUCAUCAAGAAGAAGAGUCAGAGAUCUUCAUCUCCAGAUCCCAGCUGUGUGUCUCUGAAAAGUGACUGGUCCAUGGAUAAGCCUCCUAGAUUCAGUGCUGAACCAGUGACCUCUGACCCCAGAGUCAGCAGGAGGAAGAGUCAGAGAUCUUCAUCUCCAGAUCCCAGCUGUGUGUCUCUGAAGAGUGACUUGUCCAUGAGAGACCCUCCUACAUUCAGUGCUGGACCAGUGACCUCUGACCCCAGUGCUGAACCAGUGACCUCUGACCCCAGAGACGAUCAGAUACGAGCCCAGGAUCCUCCUCAAGCAGUGAAUGAUGAACUACAGAGAGUCAAAGAGCAGCACAAAACCAGCAUGAAGAACAAGUAUGAGAGAUUAUUUGAGGGACUGAAACUCCAGGAGAAUGAAAGCCUCCUGAACAGCAUCUACACACAGCUCUACAUCAUAGAGGGAGAGAGAGAAGGAGUGAAUGAAGAACAUGAGGUUUUACAGAUGGAGAAAACAGCCAGAACACAACACUCACAAGACACUCCAAUCUACUGCAAUGACAUCUUUAAAGCCUCCGCUGAAGCAGGAUGUGAGGAGAAAGAGCAGAUCAAGACUGUUCUUACUAAAGGCAUCGCUGGAAUCGGAAAAACCGUCUCUGUGCAGAAGUUCAUUCUGGACUGGGCCGAGGGAAAAGCCAAUCAGGAUGUAGAUUUCAUGUUUGUGCUUCCAUUUCGAGAGCUGAACUUGAUCAGAGAUCAUCCGUACAGUCUUCACAGACUUCUGCUGGACUUUCAUCCUGAACUUCAAGAUCUGGACUCACAGAUUUAUGAGGAGUGUAAAGUUGUGUUCAUCUUUGAUGGUCUGGAUGAAAGCAGAAUCACACUGAUGUUUUCAGACGCUCAGAAAGUUUGUGAUGUGACUGAGACUUCAUCAGUGGCUGUGUUGAUGUCAAAGCUGAUGAAAGGAGAGCUGCUUCCCUCUGCUCUCAUCUGGAUCACCUCCAGACCAGCAGCAGCCAAUCAGAUCCCCUCCAAAUACAUCCACCGUCUGACAGAAAUUCAGGGAUUCACUGAGCCUCAGAAGGAGGAAUAUUUCAGGAAGAGAAUCAGUGAUGAGCAUCAAGCCAGCAGAAUAAUCUCACACAUCAGAAGAGCAAGAAGCCUCCACAUCAUGUGCCACAUCCCCGUCUUCUGCUGGAUCUCAUCCACUGUGCUUCAGAAGCUCCUGGAAGAAGAUCUGAGUGCAGAAAUCCCUCAAACUCUGACUGAAAUGUACAUCCACUUCCUGCUGAUUCAGAUCAACAUGAGGAAGCAGAAGUAUGAAGAGAGAGAUCCAGAGAAACUCCUGCCGUCCAACAGAGAAGUGAUUGUGAAACUUGCUGAAGUGGCUUUCAAACAGCUGAUGAAGGGCAAUGUGAUGUUCUAUGAGGAGGACCUGAUUGAGAGCAGCAUAGACGGCACUGACGCCUCGGUGUAUUCUGGGAUUUGCACUGAGAUCUUUAAGCAGGAAUCUGUGAUUCAUCAGAGGAAAGUCUACAGCUUCAUUCAUCUGAGCGUUCAGGAGUUUCUCGCUGCUUUCUAUCUGCUUUACUGCUGUUUAACAAAGAACAAGAAAACACUGCAUGAAUUCAGAUCUAACAGAUAUUACUCUGAUGAAGUCUCUCUGUAUGAUCUACUAACAUCAGCAGUAUAUAAAGCUCUCAAGAGUGAGAAUGGAGGUCUGGAUCUGUUCCUCCGGUUCCUGCUGGGCGUCUCACUGGAGUCCAAUCAGAGACUCUUACAGGAUCUACUGACACACACAGAGAACAGCUCAGAGACCAUCAGCAGAACCACACAGUAUAUUAAAGAGAGGAUCAAAGGAGAUGAUGAUGAUGAUGAUCUACUGAUGGUCAAGAGAGGUUAUCGUCUCUCAGCUGAUGAGUCGAUCAAUCUGUUCCUCUGUCUGCUGGAAGUGAAAGAUCAGACUCUGUUCAGAGAGAUUCAGGAGUUUGUGAAAUCAGACAAACACUCAGAGAAGAAACUCUCUCCUGGUCACUGCUCAACAAUCUCCUACAUGAUUCAGAUGUCAGAGGAGACACUGGAUGAACUGAACCCCAUGAAAUACAACACAUCAGCUGAGGGGAGAAGAAGACUGAUACCAGCUGUGAUCAAGUGCAGAAAAGCUCUGUGA